UUGUUGCUGUGCGUGGCUGUGCGGGAGGAGGUUCAAGGAAGGUGUGCAGCCCUGAGAGAAGCGGCAGGAUCAGGGCCUUCGCCAUGAGGCAUAAGAAGAAAGCUGAUCUCAGCCGGGCUGAGCUCAUGAUGAUGACGAUAGCUGAUGUCAUCAAACAGCUGAUUGAAGCCCAUGAACAGGGCAAAGAUGUGAACUUAAACAAGAUAAAAACAAAGACUGCUGCUAAAUAUGGCCUUUCAGCGCAGCCCCGUCUGGUUGACAUCAUUGCUGCUGUGCCGCCUCAGUACCGCAGGAUGCUGGUUCCAAAGCUGAAAGCCAAGCCCAUCCGCACUGCUAGUGGGAUAGCUGUUGUGGCGGUGAUGUGCAAGCCACACAGGUGUCCGCACAUUAACUUCACAGGAAACAUAUGUGUAUACUGUCCAGGAGGUCCCGAUUCCGACUUUGAAUAUUCAACACAGUCCUACACAGGAUAUGAGCCAACAUCAAUGAGGGCCAUUCGUGCCAGAUAUGACCCGUAUCUCCAGACCAGGCAUCGAGUGGAACAGCUGAAGCAGCUCGGCCACAGUGUUGACAAAGUGGAAUUCAUAGUGAUGGGUGGAACGUUCAUGGCACUUCCUGAAGAAUACCGAGAUUAUUUUAUCCGCAACUUGCACGAUGCUUUAUCAGGUCACACUUCUAACAACGUGGCAGAGGCUGUCAGAUAUUCGGAGCGUAGCCUUACGAAGUGCAUUGGGAUCACCAUAGAGACCAGGCCAGACUAUUGCCUGAAACGACACCUUAGUGACAUGCUGUUGUAUGGGUGCACGAGGCUGGAGAUUGGAGUGCAGAGUGUCUAUGAGGAUGUGGCCAGAGAUACUAACAGGGGCCAUACAGUGAAGGCUGUGUGUGAAUCAUUUCACUUGGCUAAAGAUGCUGGAUUCAAAGUGGUGGCGCAUAUGAUGCCAGAUUUGCCAAACAUGGGGCUUGAAAGAGACAUUGACCAGUUUGUGGAGUUUUUUGAGAAUCCCGCCUUUCGUCCAGACGGCAUGAAGCUCUAUCCAACUCUCGUGAUUCGCGGCACAGGCCUGUAUGAGCUCUGGAAGUCUGGGAGGUAUAAGAGUUAUCCUCCGAGCACCCUAGUGGAUUUGGUGGCAAGAAUUCUAGCUCUUGUCCCCCCAUGGACCCGAGUGUACCGAGUGCAAAGAGAUAUCCCAAUGCCUUUAGUCAGUUCUGGAGUAGAGCACGGCAACUUGAGAGAACUAGCUCUUGCCAGGAUGAAGGACCUGGGGACAGAGUGCCGUGAUGUGAGGACAAGAGAAGUUGGAAUACAAGAGAUUCAUCACAAAGUGAGACCGUAUCAGGUCGAACUGAUUCGGAGAGACUAUGUGGCCAAUGGGGGUUGGGAAACUUUCUUGUCCUAUGAGGAUCCGGAGCAGGACAUCCUCAUUGGCCUCCUGCGUCUGCGGAAGUGUUCGGAGGAGAUAUUCAGACCAGAACUGAAGGGAAGCGUUUCUAUUGUCAGAGAGCUCCAUGUGUAUGGAAGUGUGGUUCCUGUGAGCAGUCGAGAUCCCUCCAAAUUCCAGCAUCAGGGAUUUGGGAUGUUGCUCAUGGAGGAGGCAGAAAGAAUAGCCAAAGAAGAGCAUGGGUCGUGGAAGAUUGCUGUUAUUUCAGGUGUGGGCACCAGGGAUUACUACCGGAAGAUCGGCUAUGAGCUGGAAGGACCUUAUAUGGUGAAAAAAUUGGACUGAAGGAUUUAGCCAGAAACAUUUUGAAGGCCUGUCUUUGCACCAUUAACCCUGCCCAGGUGCAGUGCUGGGAGGACACAAUCUCUUCCCACUUGGGGCACAACCAUUGGUCCCCAGUCAAGAUCAUUGGAUUGCGAAGAUCUCUGGUCUUCUUGAGGCCCCUGUUGGAGUCCCAGAAUCUUUGCAGGGACUCCCCUAAAUGACCUGCCCUUUGCCUUGAGCACGGCAGAGGCCACUUGACCUUUGCUACCCUUCCCUUAUUACUCUCCACAAAAAACAAUGUUGCCUUUGAUUGCAGGCCCCAUUGUAUUCAGUGUCCAGCACCAGCAGUGAAGUGGAGAUCACCCUCUGCAGCAGCUUGGCACCCAGUCUGGAACGUCCGUUUUAAUGUUCGGUUGUGUCUCCAUUUUACAUCGGCUUGUUUUUUACUCUUAAUGAUAAAUCCUGGUUUCAUUUAGGGUUCAUAACACCCUGCUUUUAUCUGCAAUGCCCUUGAAAAAGGGCUAGAGCCUUUCUGUUCAGAUAUUUAACACCUUGCACUGGGCUAGCAUGUGGUCUAGCCAAUUGUUUUUCCAUUGAGAACUUGUUGGGGGAAAAUAAUCUUUUGAAGUUAUUUAUAUCUGACAAGCAUCCCUCUAAGAUAGGAGUUCUUGUUCGGUCUCUUGUCAGGCUUCUCCUCCCAAGGUUAUGUGGAAUCCUGACACA